UGUUAUUAAAUAGCAGACCCAGUCGUACAGAACACUCCACUCUGCUGUAGGACGGCUGUAUGUCAGUCACAACCCAACUGGGACCAUGACAACCAUCAUGAUAACAGUACUGAUGCUCUUCAUUCAAACCACCCUGGGGGCCCCUGAAACAGACGGUCCCUUCAACCUCUUCAAUGCAGAAAGUGGCAUUAGACAGGACCUGGCACGCUGGGUGUCAGGUGGACGUCUCUACUACACCAACAACAGGAAGUGUGCUGGGGUUUCUGGGAAGACAGAGGGUAGUACGCUGGUGUAUUCUGACUGUGAUGAGAAGAGCCUCCUCCAGCAGUGGGAGUGCAGUAACAACACACUGCUCACACUGAAAGGACAGACUCUGAACCUGCACAUCAACGACAACAAUGAUCUGGUGCUGUCCAGAGACACGGGGCCUCGGAGUCGCUGGACCAUCUCUGGAACAACGGACGGGCCCUGCUCAAGGACCCACAGAGAACUCUUUACCAUCGAAGGAAACGCAUUUGGGCGUCCCUGUCAGUUUCCUUUCCUGUACAAAGACCAAUGGUAUGGAGACUGCACCUUGGUAGACUCCUCUGAUAGAUGGCUUUGGUGUGCCAUUGAAACAAACUACCAAGACAAUGAACUGUGGGGCAUCUGUCCAUCCAAAUCUACGGAGCAUUGGCAUAAGAACCCGGUCACAGGUGCAUUCUACCAGGUGAACCUCCACUCUGCUCUGACCUGGCACCAGGCUCGGACCAGCUGCCAACAGCAGGGAGCAGACUUGGCCUCAAUCACCGAACCCCUCGAGCAGACCUACUUAGCAGGCCUGUGUGGGAGGCUGCAUGUGCCGCUGUGGACGGGGCUGAAUGCUCUGGAACAGGACAGUGGGUGGCAGUGGAUCAGUGGAAAGCCUCUCCGCUACUUCCGCUGGGACUCUGGUCAUCCUCUCUCUGAUCCUGGUCAUAUCUGUGGACUAGUCGACCCAGGUCAACAGUCCUACUGGCAGAGCUCCCUGUGCUCCAAGAAACGUGGCUACGUCUGUCAGAAAGACCCACCUACACCCCCUGUUCACCCAGAAGUGGCAGGUUACUGCUCCAGUCCGUGGAUUCCCUACGCUGCCAGGUGCUACCUCCUCCAGCGUACCAAGAAGACCUGGACAGAGGCUCAGACGGAAUGUCGGAAGGACGGAGGCGACCUGGCCAGCAUCCACAACAUUGAGCAGCACAGCUUUGUGAUGUCACAGCUGGGAUAUGCGGCCGCUGACGAGCUGUGGAUCGGGAUGAACGAUGUCAAGACGCCACUACUGUUUGAGUGGAGCGACCAAUCCCCUGUCACAUUCACCAGUUGGGAGGAAGCCAUGCCAAUGGAGGGCAACUGUGUCCUGGUCAGAGGAGAGCAGGGCAGGUGGGCUACCCAGGUGUGUAACAACCAGCGUGGCUUCAUCUGUAUGAAGAAAUCGACCUCCCAACCCUCAGGGGACCCGGUGGACACGAACCCAGGCUGCAAAUCGCAUUGGACCAGGCACGGCUCCUUCUGCUACUUUGUGGGACCAGAGAUCAAGACCUUUGAUGAGGCCAAAGAGACAUGCAAGAGCUCACAGUCAUAUCUGGCAGAUGUUUCUAGCAGAUUGGAUAAUGCUUUCCUGAUCAGCCUGGUUGGGUCCAGGCCAGAGCAACACUUCUGGAUCGGUCUCUCCAACCAGAAACACAUCGACUUCUUCAGCUGGACGAACAGCAACAGGGUCAGGUACACCCACUGGAACGCACAGAUGCCAGGCAGUCGACAGGGUUGUGUGGCCAUGACAACAGGGCCUCUCGCUGGAUUAUGGGAUGUGCUGAGCUGCACCAAUCAGGAGAAGUAUAUCUGUAAACACCUGGCAGAAGGAGUGGGGCCCACACCAGAACCAAUCACACCUGUCCCUCCCAGGUGCCAUGAGGGCUGGUUUCCUGUGGGGUCUCGGAACUACUGCUUCAAGUUCUUUACAGGGCCUCACAAAGAUGAGAAGACCUGGUUUGAGGCUCGUGACUUCUGCAGGGUGAUUGGAGGAGCCCUACUCAGCAUCCACAGUUCUACGGACCUCCAGUCUAUGCAUCAUGUCCGUGGUGGGACUUCCUGGAUCGGUCUGAGUGCUCAGGAUCCCAACGCUGGCUACGCCUGGACUGAUGGGUCGCCACUGUCCUUCCAACACUGGAUGGAGGGGGAACCCAACAACUACAACGGCGUGGAGUCCUGUGCUGAGAUGAGGAACUCUUACUGGGAUGAAGAGGGAUCCUGGAAGGAUGUAAACUGUGAGGACUACAACGACUGGCUGUGUGAGAUCCCUAAAGGAGUGACCCCACUACCUCCUCCCAACAACACCAUCCCUGAGUAUAAUGUGACAGAGGAUGGCUGGCUGGAGUAUGGAGGCUCUCAAUAUUACUUUAAUACUGAGAGGCUGGCCAUGGAGAAUGCCAGACACUACUGUCAGCAGAGGCAUGGGGACCUUGUUGUUAUCAACGGACUUACAGAAAAUACAUUUCUGUGGAAAAAGAUCAAUAAAGAGCAUUUGGGAAACCAUUACAUCGGGCUCACAGUUGAUCUUGAUCGCUCUUUCGGGUGGAUGGACGGUUCUCCAGUAGUAUUCCAGAGAUGGGACAACAACCAGCCGGACUUCAAGAACAACGAUGAGAACUGUGUUGUCAUGUCCAGCUCCAUGGGUUUCUGGCAUGACUAUAACUGUGGCACUCAAAUGAGGUCCAUCUGUGAGAGGAGUGGUUCCCCCCCAGUGAACAGCACCGUGCCCCCUACUGCCCCCCCCACAGGAGGCUGCCCCCCGGAAUGGGUCCGCUACCAGUCUAAGUGCUACAAAUUGAUUGGAUACCGGGUGCCUUGUUCCUGGCUCGAGGCCAGAUCGUACUGCCAAUCCAUGGGAGCUAACCUGGCGUCCAUCGCCAGUAGGCGGGAGCAAGUGUUUCUGACGACCCAGAUGACUUCUGGUGCUACUGACCUGUGGAUUGGACUGAGUAACUUAAACCGGGACGCAUUUGUCUGGACCGAUGGCCAGGCAGUCAAAUACUUAAACUUGGAUUUCAUUAAGAGACUGUCGCAGAUGAUCCCAUCGCGAUUGCAUCACUAUAGUCAGAGACUGUCGCAGAUGAUCCCAUCGCGAUUGCAUCACUAUAGUCAGCGGUACAUGGAUGUGCUUUCCUCUCAGGCUAGUCGGUGUAUUGUGAUGGCCAGUUCCUUCUCCGUCUUGGGAAAAUGGGAAAUCAGGUCCUGCAACGACACACAUGGCUUCAUCUGUCAGCGUAAAGUUGACUCAGGCAUCCCAGUCCCGACACCGACAGUAUUACCUAGAGGCUGGGUGAAGCUGGCCAACGACUCCUACAAGGUGCUGCCCCAGAACAGGACAUGGCCCGAAGCCCGGAUGCAGUGUGAGGCUGAGGAGGGCCAGCUGGCGAGCACCCUGGAUGAACUGUCAGCAGCCUACCUGGAGCUGCAGGCUCUGAAGCUGCAGACACCACUGUGGAUUGGACUCAAUAGGAAUGAGACGCAAGGCUACUUCAGGUGGAUGGACGGCUGGCCCUUGAGCAUGGACCGGUGGGCCAAAGACGAGCCCAGCAGGGACCGGCCCUGUGUCUACCUGGAUGUAGAAGGCACCUGGAAGACAGCCCUUUGUAACCACACCUACCCCAGUGUGUGUAAGCAGUCCCCAGGUAAGACAGUCACUGACCCCAUUGUGUUAGUAGUCACCAGGUGA